AUGUCUAAAGAGCUUGAACAGCCUCAAGGUGAUCAUCUUCAGAAUGUCACAAGCGAAAAGAAAGAAGCUAUUCAGACCCCAGAAGCCAUCGCAACAGCGCUCGACAAUGUAGGAGCUCCGUCCCCGUGGGGCAGAGGCCAUCUACAACUGUACAUGGCUUGUGCGCUGAUCUACCUGUGUUCAACCAUGAACGGUUACGAUGGCUCGCUUAUGGGUUCCUUGAAUGUCAUCCCCGAGUAUCAACAGUACUACGGACUGGGCGACAAAGGCUCGACCUCGACAGGCUUGGUCUUCUCCAUUUUCCAGAUCGGACAAAUGGCCGGCGCCUUGUUCGUCUGGAUAUGCGACUGGAGAGGUCGGAAAAUCACCAUUGCUGUCACUUCAUUCCUUAUCUGUGCUUCUGCUGUUUUUACCGCAGUGGCCCCAACUUUGUCUUCCUUUAUCGGCGCAAGGUUUCUCCUCAGCUUUUUCUCAACCAUUAACACCGUCGCUGCACCAAUGCUACUCGUCGAGAUUGCACCACCACUUUAUCGAGCAACUGUGGCAGGAAUAUUCAAUACCUUGUGGUACAUUGGAAGCAUCUUAGCAUCAUUCGCGAUGUACGGCGCCAAUAUCCACUUGAGCGGCAACAUCAAGUGGCGGCUCCCCCUCUGGCUGCAGAUACUUUGCCCCGGAAUUGUCUGUCUUGGCAGUUGGCUACUCCCCGAGAGUCCGAGAUGGCAGGUCGCCCAAGGAAGGAUUCAAGAAGCUCGCGCGUUUAUUAUUAAGCAUCACGCAAAUGGAGACGCCGACCACCCCAUAGUCAACAUCGAAAUGCAGGAGAUCCAAGACUCGCUCAUCGAGGUUCAAGGCCGAUCCCAAUGGGCUUGUUUUGAUCUACGAAGCCUUUACAAGUCUCGCAAUCGGCGAUAUCGUCUUAUGCUAGUUAUCGCCAUGUCCUGGUUCGGCCAAUUCUCAGGCAAUAACGUUUCGAGUUACUAUCUGCCACUUAUGGUUGAGAACGUCGGUAUCACAUCUACGAACAUGGUUCUUUUGCUGAACGCAUUCUAUGCAUUAUCUGGAUGGAUAGCUGCUACAAUUGGAGCUCGUCUCCAUGAUGUUGUUGGUAGGCGCAAGAUGCUGAUGGGAUCUUGUCUGGGUAUGUCAAUUGCGCUUGCUAUCGUCGCCGCCACCGCAGCCGAGUAUGAGCGCUCUGGUAGCACCCCCUCAAGCUCAGCAAGCAUUGCAUUCAUCUUCAUCUUCGGGGUUGUGUUUGCAGUCGGCUUCACUCCGAUGCAACCCAUCUAUCCAGCAGAGGUCCUAGCUAAUGACAUGCGAGCCAACGGCAUGAUGGUAUAUAUGAUAGCUUCAGGCGUUGCAAGCUUUGUCAACACCUUCGCAGCUCCAGUUGCUAUGAAGAAUAUUCGAUACUGGUUCUAUGUAUUCUUCGUGUUUUGGGAUCUAUUUGAGUUUACCUUCAUUUACUUUUUCUUUGUGGAGACGAAGGGUCGGACUUUGGAAGAAUUGGACGCUGUGUUCGAAGCUAAGAACCCACGUAAAGCGAUCUAA